UGCGCACAAGCGCUCCGAGAUGACAGGAGGAUGCUGAGCUGCAUUCCCACCAUUCUGUGAGGAGAGGAGGAUCCCCCCCACCUCCCCUGCGCAUCCAGGAGAAGAAGGAAAAAAGAAGAGCGAUUAAUAAUAAUAAGAAUAAUAAUAUUAAUAAUAACACCAAACUCGUGUAGAACCCGUCCAGGUUCGGCUGUUAUCCGCCACCAUGUCCGCAGGAGGAGAUUUGGGGAACCCCCUGAGGAAAUUUAAACUGGUGUUUCUGGGCGAGCAGAGCGUGGGGAAAACCUCUCUCAUCACUAGGUUCAUGUACGACAGCUUCGACAACACGUAUCAGGCGACCAUUGGAAUUGACUUCCUAUCGAAGACCAUGUACCUGGAAGACCGGACAGUAAGGCUGCAGUUGUGGGACACAGCUGGACAGGAGCGCUUCAGGAGCCUCAUUCCGAGCUACAUCCGGGACUCUACGGUGGCUGUGGUUGUCUAUGACAUCACAAAUGUGAAUUCAUUCCAGCAGACCUGCAAAUGGAUUGACGACGUCAGGACAGAGAGAGGAAGCGACGUCAUCAUCAUGCUCGUAGGCAACAAGACAGAUCUGGAGGAGAAGAGGCAAAUCAUGAUUGAAGAAGGAGAGCAGAGAGCCAAAGAGCUGAACGUCAUGUUCAUCGAGACCAGUGCCAAGACGGGCUCCAAUGUCAAGCAGCUGUUUCGCCGAGUCGCCGCAGCCCUACCUGGCAUGGAAAGCCUGGACGAUGCAAAUCCCGAAGGCAUGAUUGACAUCAAGCUGGACAAACCAGCAGAGCCGACUGUCCCUGAAGGCGGCUGCUCGUGUUAAUGCAGAGCUGCGAUUGGCCGACUCCCUUCACACCAUAGGCUUGUUGUGUUUCUUAAUGCUGGUUAGCUCCCAGUUGACUUCUCUAAUUGGACAUAGGAUCGAAGCCUUGUAUCUGAUUGGACAAAUCAAACGUUACAUCUUUCAGUCUUGUUCAGUUGUAAGAUAUUGUAAACUUUGUCAAUACGUAAGGGACUGAAGGAGUAAAAGAAUGAAGGGAAACAAUGUUACCAUAAAAAAAACAACAAUUAAAAAAAAAAAAC